CUCAUUUCAUCAAACAAAUAGAGCACUCUGCUUCUUUCGGCUUUGCAGAAUUCUGGGUCCUUCACCGAGACUGAAAGGUUACAAUGCUGAUUUUAAUUUCUCUAUGGCUUCUGUACCUUGACCUUGCCGUGAAGAAGGACUUGCUCAAUUUUCAUAAAGCAAUAUUGAAAAUACUUAAGAUAUAGAAACCACAUUCAAACAGCAGUACAGAUAUCUGAAAAAGUUGCAUCAGUGAACAAGGGAUGCUUUUCCAUUCAUACUUGUAAAGAGUCGCUUUAAAAAAAAAUAACAACACUGACGCAAGAAGGUAUGCUUUACUGGGCCGAAAAAGUGCCAUAACUAGAGCUGCAGCAGUUUUGGGGGCAAGUUUCAGUUGCCCGGUUCAACAUGCAAACCCCUGGAAUUGCUACGUCACAAUACUCCGCGCGUUCGAACAGAAAUGUGCCGAAGUUCUCACGACUGCACCUAAGAAUGAGGGCGGGUAUCGCUGCCUUUUAAAAUCCAGACGCCAAACCUAUCCCUCUCCAACCUCUCGCUUUGGCCACUUGCCCACAGGGUCUGCAAUUCAAAUGUUUCCGAGAAAGCGAAGCAGGUUGCACAGGUUGCUGACUUAUACAUUAUAGCGGGAGGGAGGGGCGGCGGCGGCGGCGGCGACGACUCUUCCCUGAUUGGGCUCGCGGCUCCAGCGAAUCCCUCCGGGGAAGCGCCAGAAACAUUUCAGUCGCUCUUGGGUGAGAGAGAGAUGGUCGAUGCCUUGCGCCACGAGUUCCUGCAAGCGCGAGGAAGAGCUGAGGAGGAGCUGGACCCGCGUUGCUGGAGCAGCAGCCAAGGCUGAGAGAGAUAAGCGCGGAAUCGGAUCCCCGCACCUGUGAACUUGGCCAGGCGCCUUUCGGCAGAUAAUAACUCUUCCCAGAGGGGCAACGAGGCGUGAGGGGAGCAAACAAACACCACACACACACACGCCAAACAAAGGCGGUGAGGCGCCGGGCAGAGCAGCGCUUCGAGGCGCCACCGCCGCUGAAGACCUCGGGCAGCCUCGCCAGGGGGCCGAGAAAUGAGGCUCCGUCUGACCAGCGCCUUGACGUUUGUGUGCCUCAGCGCGCUCUUCUCCUUCGCCUGGUACGCCGCCCGCAGCGGGAGCGGAGGUGAGAAGCGGGAAAAGGCGGGCGGAGGAAAGUCUGCUGCUGGCGCGCGCCCCGGCCCGGCCCGGGGCAGGAGGAGGAGGGCUUGGCUGGUUGGCGGGAAAGAGAAGCGGGAAGAGGGCCCCCUUGGGAGGAGACGGGCGGCACUGCUGCGCCUCGCUUCUCCCAGGGAAAGGGGCUGAGGAGGCGCACCUGGAGGCUCCCCGCGGGACCGCGCGCUCCGCAGCCUCCGGGCCACGGCUCCCAACUCCCGCUAACCGCCACCUGCGCUCGUCGCCAGCAGCAGCCCAGGUCCCGGUUGGCUCUGAGCGGCCGGGCGCUGCUCUCCGGGCUCCGGGCGCUCGCAUCUUAUUGGUCCUGAACUCCUUUUGUGGGUUGUGCCAUCUGCGGGGUCCCAGCGAUUUUCUCUGCAGUAUGGAAGAAGUAAGAUUAGCGUGAAGAGCUGCAUAACUUUGCUGCAUGGUUUGUGAGUUUUGAUGUCCUGAAUUGAUGUCUUCAGCUAAACACCCUGUGCGGACAACCCGCUCGUUGAAUGCUGUGACAACAACGCAGCUGUUUAAAUGCGUGUCAGUCACUAAUCACACUUGAUGCAAUGUGCAUAGCUGUCAACUUUUCCCUUCUCUUGCGAGGAAACCUAUUCGGAAUAAGGGUGUUUCCCUUUAAAAAAGGGGAAACGUUGACAGCUAUGAAUGUGUGGGUGUGUUUUUUACUCCUUACCCAAAUUCAGAAAGUUGUAGUGGCCCAGAAUGAUAAAUGUAUCGCAGACACAAAAAUGACUAGCAUGCCACUGAAGCCACCCUAAUGGGGCUGAACAGUGAUGUGCCAAAUAGCUUUUCCUGCUAAUUACUAAUUGUUGAGACAUUGCAUUGGCUACAUGCACAGUGAUGGUUGAUGCCCAGAAUAAUCACUCAAAUUGGCUCUUCUAUAGAAAUAUUUUAAAAUUAGAGUGCUUGUGGGAUUUGAGGAUAUUUACUUCUCGUAUCUGUGCCACUGCCACUUGGUGGUAAAAUAAUAGUAAUUUUGUUGUUUAGUCGUUUAGUCGUGUCCGACUCUUCGUGACCCCAUAGACCAGAUGAACUUCAGUGGAAUUAUUUAGUUAUUGCACUUGUACCUUGGGGUGUAUGGGGUGUUAGGGAAGAGGUAGUACCUCUGGUGAGGGACAUGUCAUGCUCCUUCUGGGGUACUUUGUCCACCUUUGAUCCCCACCCUGCACUCAGCUCUCACCUGUGGCUCCUAGAAGCUGUCAAAAUGCAACAGUAUCCGCACACCAGGAAAUGGCUUUGACUGGUGGGCUAAACCAGGUGAGGGUAGCUGAUGGGUCUCAAAUCCUUGGUGACUUAAAGACUUCUCCUGCAUGUGAAGACAGACUGUAAAGGAUUGAGAGCACAAGACCAAUAGUGGGUCCAAUGGUUAAGUAGAAGAAGGCAGUUUUUGCACAUGCUGUAGAGGGAAGUGAGGGGCAGAUGGGGCUCAUCAUUCUGGGGAGGGAGCCCAUCUCUUAUCCUAAACCUCUGCUGUCUUGUGGGAUAUCUUUGGGAGAAGAAAAAAGCCUAAGAAGUAAGCCCUACACAAAUCUGCAGUGGAGUCCCUCACACAGUUGGAUGGUGCCUUUUAUGCCUCCUUAUGGACCAUGGGUAAACAAACAAACCCCCGUGAUGCAAAAUAUGAGUCAGCAAUAUCAAAAGCAACACGAUGGCCAGAAACAAUUACAAUGUGAAAAACUUUAUGGACUAAUUCAAAACAUCAAAACUAACAAACUGAAGGACUUCCAAAGACUUUCAGAGACUUCAGUUUUUCACAUUGUAAUUGCUUUUGAUAUUGCUGUCUUGUCAUCUGGGCAGCUCAGGAUCUCCAUACACACUGCCCAGGCUUGUGCCCCAAGGAGGUCACUUGGGUGCUGCUAACACAGCAGUUUGCCUUCACCCCAGAUGUGCACUCCAUUGUCCCUUGAGACAGAUGGAUGCCAACAACAAGCACUUGUACCCCACUCUUCAGCCAAAAAGGCUCUCAGAGCAGCUUGCAUGUUAUCAAUUAAAACAAGAUGGUGUCUGCAGGCUUACAAUCUAGGAGACAGAACACAAACGGAAAAGAGGACGGGGAGGAAAGAGGCAGAAAAGCAAACUUGGGGGGCCAGUUCUUAAAGUUAAAUAGUUCUUAUAAUGAUCAGCUGGAAUGAAAAUGGUUCAGGGACAGGAGAUACCUGAUAGAGCUGGUCCUUCACCGGAGCUGAUGGAAUGAGCCAGGUUUCCCAUCUCUCCCACUGAGGAAGCCUCCUGGAAUGGUCGCUACCAGGUGAAAGUUGAGGGUGUGGAAGGAAGGAAGGAAGGAGGAAAGAAAAUGAUAUAUAUAGUAUGGCUUGGAUUCAAUGAUAAGUAAGUUAAGUUAGUUCAUGGAAGGAAGCUUCCCCUGCCUCCAUUCCACAUUGCUCAGGAGGGCCCCCACUGUCUGGAGAGGCUUUUCAGAGGCAUAGGUGGCCGCUGGGGAGGGAAGGGGUGGGAAACGUUAUUUUCAUGAACUUCCUAAAGUUAACUUAUCUUAGGAUCCAAGCCAUUGUAUGCAUGUUUUCUUAUGUUAUGCUGCUUUUAAUUUAGUUAAAUAGAUAAAUUUGGAGAAUAUCAGUAGUGACCAAGCAUGUGAGCAUGAUUCAUGAGAUCAUUGUUAGGUUCUAAUAUGUUAUGUCCUAUACGAUAUACGAUAUCUUUAUUGUCAUUGUCCCAUGCAGAACAAUGAAAUUGAAAAACUACACAAAACAUUCAAAAACCCCUAAAAACCCUGAAACCCCAUUUUAAAAUACACUAUACUAUAAAGACCCCUUAUGCUGCGUUUAGAACCAGAAUUGCAUUUGCGUAGAAACUACUCUAUGUAAAUGAGAAAUAAAGAGUUCUAUUUGAUUUUAACAUUCUUGGCUUAACUGCAAAGUGAAAGUCGAUAUAUUUCUUGCCCCUGAGGUUUAAAUUGACUAAUCUUGUGGUACUGUACUUGUGACUCUAGGACAUUCAGUCAUUCAUAUAUAUAUAUAUAUAUAUAUAUUCAAGCAUAUUGCUAACAUUUCUCUGCUAUAACCUUAAUUGAUACUUCACCUUGGGAAUCAAGACACAAACAUCCAAUACAAAAUUCCAUACCAACCUGCAGACUUUUUAAUUUUUUUGGGGGGGGGGACUAAAUCACUGAAAGGUGGCAUCGGGCUAGUUACUUUCACACGAGGAAAAUAGUGCCUGUACAUUUUGCCUUGUAUCUUAGGUUCUACAAAUGCUAAAAACUACCCCCAUCCCAGUUGUUUUAACAGUGAAAGCUGGGAAUCUGUGUCUAGACUAAACUAUUUUGCUUUAAUACUCUUUCCAACCCAGAAGUGGGGAGCUUUGUCUUCAUCACACAGGGGAAGCACUCUUUGCCCAUGUAGGCUCAUGUAGGUAAGUUCUCUGCUGCCAAAAGCCAGGCUCUCCAUUGCACCCAUUGCCACUGCUGGCUAAACAUGAGUGCUUCCGCCUUGCAAUAUCACAGCUUGGAUGCAUGGAGCAAAUUAAAGAGCUGUUACAAACAGUGUUUCACUACAACCAUAAAAAAGGAAGUACAUAAAUAAUCACUACAGUGUCUCCCUCCACAAGGAAGGAGACACUGGCAGAGCACCCAGGUGGCACCAAUCCACCAUCUCUCUCACUGCCUCACAAACAUCCACUGUGCAUCUAGGUUCAAGGGCUGUGUGUUCCAGCUGCUGACAAUUGCUCAUUAUUCUUUCCCUGUGUUUCCCGGUCACUCUCCCACAAGUACAGGAUCCAUCCCACACCAUGUUCUGUGUUAAUCCCAUGACAAGCAGGGUCCAGGAUGCUCCUUGCUGUUCCUUCACAGGGUUGACUAAGGAUAUCUCCUGCCUGCCAAUCCUAUGCCCUGUAAGUGGGGCACUGAUGGCUGCUGCUCUCAGUGUGUCUGUGGCUGCACUUGCAUGCCCUGGUCGCUCCCCUUGACUGCUUCUGAAAAGAGUAUUUUCUUCCAGGGUGGGUCUUGAACCCUUAUCUCAGGAGCUCUGUAUGCAAUCUCUCCAGGCUCUCUGCCCAGGGAGCUAUGUGUGUAUUAUGCUGUAUAGGCUCUCCUCGCCUUGAGCUUAUAAAACAGUGGUUAUCAGGAGCCUAAGGGAGGUUGCCUGUAGGGAUUCCUGGGACUUGCAGUAGUGAGGUCUUGGCUGGUUGUGCCAAUGGCACUAGUAGAGCAGAGGCACUGUGGCAUUAUCAUGUGUGUUAUUUAUGCGGUAAUGCAGGGAUGCACGUGCUAGCAGUACUUGGUUUUCAUUGUGUGUUCAUUGGGUACCUCUGUAUGUGGGCAGUAUGCUCUGUAUGUGGACAUAGUCACUCCUUGAUUGUCAUUGGCAGGGCUUGCAGCACCAUUUUUAUUUUGUUUUUCUGGUUGUGUGUUCCCCUCCCCUUUCCUUCCAGUCCAAGGAUGUGUUGGAGAUAGUGGCUGUUCCAGUGACAGAAUGGUGACGUCUCUCUGGUCCCAGUGUAAUGCAAAGCUGUUCCAUUAUUGUAGGAUUUCUUAGAAAUUGGGGCAUCCAAUCCUUAGAUAAUGAACAAGAGGCAGUUCUGUCAUACACAACUAGCAGAAAUUCAGUUGAAAAGUAGGAGGGUGCCAGGCAGAUAGAAGGCAGAACAAAUGGAGAUAUAAAUACAAAUACUUAACUGUGGAACACUAGCCAACUAGCUUACAUGUGACGUUUUGGGUCAAGUUGACAUAGGCAUUUUAAACAAAUACGAGACAAAAAGACUGCAUGUUCUUUCUUUGUGUGUUGCUUUUUGUUCCUGCUUGCCUUCCUGACUUCUUAAUAAAUAUAAUCCCCAUCUGUACAUACCACUCAAACCACAGUUUGCAGUGUGUCCCAAGUAGACGUACAAGCAAAUCGGACUGAUAAGAUUCAAACAUACUAGCUUUUCUUCCACAUAAAUGUCCUUAGAAUUGGGGUAGUAUUGAAAAGUGGCUCAGAAGAAUGCCUAACAAGACAGACAGCUAAAGCGUUGGGUAGCAGUCUCUUAUCUAGCCUCCCUCACGUCAAGUUUAGGUUGAUGUUCCAAGUGGUGAAUCUGUCCCCAUAGAAUGGCAGUGAGCCAGUGUGGAAACUAAACUAAUUCACGAGUCUCCCAAAUAAAUCCGUAAUAAUUGACAAGUGCUACAUGAGGCAUUCACAAAACACAAUACAUGUUUUAUUACGGCUUUUCUCCUUGUGAAAGUAGAUCUUCUACAAACAUAAUCUUGAGCUACUCUUAAGAGUCUUAUGUGAAACUGAAUAGGGUGAUUUGAGAGUGGGGAAACAAAAUGAAAUUGCAUGUUGAAGAGCUGAUUAUCUAGAAAGGCAGUCUUCUAAUAUGGUAUCAUUACAGGAUAUUUAGUUAGAAAAGGAUUGACUAAAAAGCAGGCAGAGGAAGCAAGAGGAAGGCUGUGCAAACCUCUGUCGCUGCUGCUGAGCCGAGGAAAAGGAGGAGAGGGACGCCCAGCCAUCCAUCCGGACAGCUAGCGCACCAGAAGCAGGCUGAAGCCCAGGGGGAAACCCUCUGGGAAAAGACCUUGCCUUUUUCAAUUUUCAAUUUUUUAUUUCCUUUUUGUGUGUGUGCGUGUUUUACUAUUUUUUUAAACAUAUAUAUCAACUUUUUAUAUUAUAUUAUUAUCAUUAACUCUAUCCUCUAUUUUUUUUUAAAAAAACAUAAAACUUCCCACCCUUUCAUAUAUUUUAACCCUCUUUUAAACCCCCCUUUUUCCCUUUCCCCCUUCCCCAAGUCUUCAGCCUUUUCACUAAACUAUUAUUACUACCAUUUUAAAAAUACAACCCUAUAUUACUUAAAAACACAUUUUCCAUCCCCUCCCAAAAAGGGGGGGGGGGCUUUUGUUGUUGUUGUUGCUGCUGCUGCUGUCCCCUUUCCUUCCUUCCCAAUAUUUUUUACCUUAUUUUUACCAGACAAUCUACCCCUCUCUAACAUAUUUUCCCUAUUUUCUGUAUUUGUUUUAUUUUUAUCCCAUUCUCUACCCUCAUUUCUAUUUUUUGAAAAAAGGAGGAAACAUUUUUUUCAAUUACUAUUUUUUAUCAUUAUUAUUACCUUUUUUCCCCAAACAAAAUUCCUUUUUAUUAUUAUUAUUAUUACUAUCAUUAUUAUUCCUCUUUCCUUUUAGUCCCCCUUUAGUUUCUUCGUUCGUCUGUUUUUGAGGGGGGAGCCUUACCUUCCCCCCAUUGUCCUGCAACUAUUACCAUCCCCUCUAAAAAUUAAAAUAAAAUAAAAUAAAAAUAUUCCCCCCAUAUCAGUGCUAUUGCCACUAGUACCCUUCCCCCCUCCCUUUUUCUUUUUCUUUCUUUUCCUUUCCUCCUUCCCCCUUUCCCCCCUCCUUCUCUUUAAAAUAACACAUACAUACACGAACACACACACACACACAUUAUUAUAUUUGCCCCUCUCAAGAGGGCUUUCUAUAUAUUUUCAUUUCUACAUUAUUUUUACCUUUGGCAUUUGAUAUACAAAUACUACUGCCAGGCAUCACAACUUCGACAUCUUCAGAUCUCUCAUCUCCCCUCCCCACCCCCCUGCUUUCCCUCUUUGAUUUAGUCUGCUUUUCUAGUCCCUCUUACCCUCCUAACCCUAAAAUCUACAUACACAUACCUCCCCACACACUUUCAUUAGCAAUCCCCCCUCCCCAGGGGUCUUUUACCUCAUACUAUAACUAGAACCACCACUGCAACCAAGCAUUUUCAUCUUUCUUUGUCUCUUCCCCCCUUUUACUUCUUUCUUUCUUUCUUUCUUUCUUUCUUUCUUUCUUUUUCUUUCUUCCUUUCUUUCAUCUCCCUCCCUCCUUUCCUCUCUCCCUUCUUUACUUUACUCUGACUUCCAUCCCUCCCCUCCCCUGCUUCUCCCCCUUUCCCUCCCCUCCUUUUUCACCUUCAACAUCUACAUUGCUUUGUUGGGUUCUGCUCCUGAACACAUCCUUGCCAACCUUAAAUUCCUAAUUCUUUACUACGAACCCCUGACCCCUCCCUCCACCCUCGACUGGACCCCAAUACUCCUUUCAUGAGUACCUGUGCACAGACGUGUACGCACAGGUGCACCCACAAAUAACCCCCCAAACAUACACUCUCCCUCUGACCCCACUCCACCAAUCUCUCAUACCGCUGCCUACCAACCCCUUUACGUGAACCGUCUGUCUGUUGGCUUACUCAUCUGACUGCUCGACUGCCCCACCUCACCCUGGCAACACUGCUGAGGAGACUGCGGGAACCCCAGAGAAGCCCUUAAAGCACAGCCCAGACGGGACACUAAUCACCGCCUAAUCCAGACACUCUGUAAAAGCCACCAGUCAACAACGCUUGUUCAGCUUAACUGCUCAGCCACACCCAGGAACAUCACCACCACCACAACAACUCCUAACCACAACACGCCCGGCUCCAAGAGGAUGCCAAGCAGAUUUGAAACCAAAAACACCAACAAGACUGCGAUGACAACAACCAGGGAGAUGGCAAACAGCACGAAGAACACAACACCCCCCCCCAAGAUGACAACGACCCAGCAACAAAACAAGAACUGAAGGAAGUGAAAAUGAGACUAACAGAACUAUUGAAAGCAUUCGGUGACAUGACUUCCAAAGUGGAAACUCUAGAAAACAAGAACCAAAUACAAGAAAGAAUAAUAGAGAAGUACCGAGAGGAGAACACACGUGUCAAUAAUAAAUUGGCUAAACUGGAAAGCCACCUGGAAAUAAUAGAAAUGGAAAAUACAGCCAUGAAAAUCAAACAGGCAGACCUUGAAGACCAUAGUAGACGCUGCAACAUCCGCUCCCGCAACUUUCCUGAAAAAGUGGAGGAGAACAGCCCAGCAGACCUAAUUGUACGCUGGCUGAAAAAUACAAUCCCAAAUCUGACACUCAAGGUAGACGACCUGGAGAGGGCUCACAGAGCCCUAAAACCUAUGCCAAAACCCAAUGCCUCCCCACGAGACAUCACUGUAUGAUUCACACGCUACAAAAAGAAAGAAGAGGUAUGGAACAACCUCAGAAACUCAACAACAAGCCUUUGAUACGGAGAAAACCCCAUAUUGGCCUUAAAGGAUUUAUCUCAGGACACCCUAAAUCAGAGGAAAACCUACGCUCAUGCACCCAGCGUCUCCAACAAACAGGGAUCAAGUACCGAUGGGGCUUCCCCUUCCGCCUUAUAGUAACAACCAACACAACACAACACAACACACGGCUGCCAAAAUACCUGAAGCCCUGCAAGUACUGAAGAACCUUGAACUCAACCCUCCACUGGAAUGGCAACCGACAGAUCCACCGAGUGACAGUCAUGACCACCAUGAUGAAACAACAACAACAUCAAACAAUUGGAUGACAGUAAAGAGGAAAAAGAAGCAACAGAAGCGACACAACAAUGCAAACCAGUACAGCCAACCACCACCAAGCACAGAAGCAUCCCACUGAACAUACAGCACAAGACAACAGACCAGGAUCAACCAAACCAACACAUCACAGAUGGACGACCCUACAACAACAACCACAGCUGAAUGAAGCACCCAGAAAACACCUCAAACUGAAGGACUGGUGAUUCCCCCCUUUCUCCCCCCUCCCCCUAGGCUAUAAAUAUAGCCAACACCAUCAACACCCCCCCAGCCCUGCAUCUCCACAGAGAUCCCCACCCCAAUGCCAGUCCAGAUGACUUCAAACCAUAUCCCCCACCACCCAACAACCCAUAACCCACACUUUCAGCACCCCCCUACUCCAUACUAAGGAAAAACAACUUCUUCAACCUUGAUAAAAUAACUCACAAACAGGCUAAAAUCUGACACCCAAUCAGCACAAUGGUGGCACCAGAGCAUACCAACACCCACAUCCCCACUCCAACAUGUUGCUAAUAAUGUUGGCAACACUGCUUAUGAACCCUAUACCCGACAUUGGCGUCACAAAGACGCUUAACACCAUCUCACUGAUCACCCCCUAUUGCAAACGACAGGGAGGAUGGCCUGCCCCUGAACAAGGCCAUCCACACCAGCUGAGACCUAGGACCAACCGGCUAAAUGCCAGAUGGCCCAAAAUACCCCUAACAAACACCUAUAUGACUACAUAUAGGAUACUCUCUAUAAUCUAUCCCCCACUCUUUAACCCAAAACUGAUCCUAUUCCUAAUAAUCCCCCACCCACCACGCGCUAGGUCAGCGCAACCCCACUGGUUCGUUAAACAACACAAAGUGAGAGACACAGAACAACCUGGACGAGUUGGCAAGGAAUCACCCUACAUAAUAGAUAAGCAAGAUGGCUAGUCUAAAAGCAAUUACAUUAAAUCUGAGGGGGCUGGGAAACCCCAUAAAAAGAAAACGCAUCACCUCAUACAUAAACACCAUGAAACCACACAUCACCUUCUUACAAGAAAUACACAACCCACCCAAAGGGAGAAAACUCCUGAGUGACCCCCGCUUCAGUCAACAAUGGGCUGCACGAGCUAUAAUACUCAGUAGAGACCUGAACUUCACUGCCACAACAGUCCUAAAGGACAAAAAAGGCAGAUUCAUUUUCGCUAAAGGGACACUAGAUGGCAAAAUUAAACUGACAAUCGGCUCCAUAUAUGCCCCAAACUCGAAACAACUAGAAUUCUUCCAGAAGACACUAAACAAGUUCCUCUCCUUCUCUGAAGGGGAAGCAAUCCUAGGAGGGGACCUCAACCUAAAUAUGAAAGGUAUAUCCCUGAAAGACAUUCACCCUACAAUCCCAUGGGCAACCUUCCUCCGAAGGAAACCCCUAACAACUAGGGACUCUUACAAGUUACUAAAAAUGCUAAAAAACAGGGGUCUCUACGACAUUUGGGGUGAGCAAAACCCGGGAGACAUCAGCCAUACAUUCCAAUCCGGACGCCAUGGUACAGUGUCCAGACUGGACAGCAUUCUGCUCACACAGGGUCUGAUCCCCUCAGUGGAAUCAACGAACAUAGGUAACAUUAAAAUCUAUAAGCAGAGUCCUGCAGGCUCUCUCCAUUCUACCAGGUUUCUGUUAUAUUAAUCUUGUUCUCUAAGGCCAAGCACUCCAGUUCAACCAUCUUGACUCAGAGGCUUCUAGUAUUAGUGUAUAAAUACUCUGUCUCUGUCUUUUACACUUGCAUUUUCGACUGUGAUGUUCUGGCCUUUCUCAACUGUUGUCUGGUGCCCCUGCCUAGUUGUACACCUCUCACACUUAAACUAUCAUAAUUUUUUUCAUCAUGGCCGGGAGAUUUGUUUUGAAUAGGGACUUCCUCAGCUCCUGAGGAGAAAAGCACUGUGUAGAACACAGCUGUAGAAGGUUAUCCAUGCUGACUGUUCUGCAGCACUUCUCAUACUUCCAUGUGUGCACGGGUGAUUUUUUUUACACUGAGUGGUUUUAUUAUAUUGUGUGUGUGUGAUAAAACAUCUUUUUGACAUAAAUGCUCAGGAAGAUUGUCCAAAACAUUCUAAGGUUUUUCUUUUGAAAUAUGUCUGGUUAUAUUCUUCCUUAAAAUUGCAUUCCUCCAACAGAGAAUUGCUGUUAGCCAUUAGUAGAUCUAUAUAUAGAACAUAGGUGCAUAUUUUUUUUCUCUCCAGGUAUAUACAAGAACUAUUAAGACAACAACAAUAUUCCCACAGCUGCAGGAGCUUCACAUAAUGAUGUUGUUGCCCAAAGGCCUCACCUAGUAUUUUUAUGUACAGCCUCCACCUUCAGAUUUGAUAAUAAAAUCAAAGGCCAGACGUCUGUACACUUUGCAUAUGUCAAAUUUCCAUCUGAACAGGGAAACAACUGGAGGCAUAGUCCUUAACAAGCUUUUAUUAUAUAAGGUGAUGGCAGACAGUAACUUUGCACACAUGAGCAGUAAUAAAUGGAAGUGGACCUAUCACUCAUUGUAAAUGCACACAAGAUUGUAAAAUGGUUGCGUAAGCAGAAAUCAGGUGCCACUGGGUAGCUCACCUGUUUUACAUAGUCAGUUCAAUGCUAGCUCGGUAGAAGGAAGUACUUUUGUUGACACUGUUUGAGUUGGAACAAGACGCUAUGUUGGAUAUCCACACACACACCCCUUAAAAAAUCCAGUUCUCCUGAGUUCCUUUCUCAUUUGGAUAAUACGUUUCCGAGCACAAUUCAAAGUGUUGGUGUUGACCUUUAAAGCCCUAAACGGCCUCGGCCCAGUAUACCUGAAGGAGCGUCUCCACCCCCAUCGUUCUGCCCGGAAGCUGAGGUCCAGUGCCGAGGGCCUUCUGGCGGUUCCCUCAUUGCGAGAAGCAAAGCUACAGGGAACCAGGCAGAGGGCCUUCUCGGUAGUGGCCCCCGCCCUGUGGAACGCCCUCCCAUCAGAUGUCAAAGCGAUAAAUAACUACCUGACAUUUAGAAGACAUCUUAAGGCAGCCCUGUUCAGGGAAGCUUUUAAUCUGUGAUAUUUUACUGUAUUUUUUGUUUCUAUGGAAGCCGCCCAGAGUAGCUGGGGAGGCCCAGCCAGAUGGGCGGGGUACAAAUAAUAAAUUAUUAUUAUUAUUAUUAUAACUCUUUCUCACCUGUGGCAAGUGCAACAGCUGCUUCUUAUCCCUCUUGUUGAUAUGGGGGCGUCAGAAGUGGGAAAGAAACAGGAAGUGUCAUUAUUGCCAAAGAACUAUGUAAAAUAUAUUGUUGACUGAAGGUGUUCGGUCACUGGGGCUGAAGAAGCAGCAAUGGGCAUCCUAAAAGUAGCGCCCUGUCACUAUUUUCUACUUGCUUGAUGGCUCUGGUAACCAUGGGGACAUGGGCAGAUCAGGGACUUUCUUCGAUUAGUAAACACUUAUACAGAGCAUUAAUUAUACAUUAAUUCAAUAAGUGCUAUACAAUAUUUAAAAGCUACCCCUGGAAGACAGGCUGUUUUGGAUGAGUGUAUACUGUUCCGUUAGCGCUACUGAAAAGCAGGCUCUGAAUUCGACCUCAUUCUACUGCUGUAAAUUAGAAAUUCCACUACCAGUUAGUUAAGUUUCCUCAGGUCAAAACCUGCAUGGAAUUCAUCUACAUGUUGUUCAAUGAUCAGCAGGCUUUUGUAAUAGCAGUGUUUAACAGGUUCAUUGUAAGGCACUUGUGGGAGGCAUAAAUCACAAUAGACUCAUUAAUCUAUAGUCUGACUAUGUGUUGGUGAGGAAAGGCAUGGUCAAUAAUCCAGAUUUAUGGGAGGUUGGAGAGGAGGAGUGAGCUUUGUGAAGAUUAGUUUAUGUUUACACAUUGCUUAAAAUAAUAAGUGCAUUUAUGUAUAAAUCCAUAAAUACACAAAGGAUUAAAAAAAAGGGUGUGUAUUUUCCACUCUUCCUUCUGUGAAUGAAUGUUCGGUCUGAAAAGGUUUAACCCUUCUUUUACUUAAGGAAAUGAAUUACUUCCUUCCGAAGAAGAUAAUUUGCCUUUACAAUUGCAGGAAGUGUUUUAGAUUUGAACCAAAGACAGCUUUUGGAACUUCGCCAAAGACUCUUCUUUGCUGAAAAGGAAAACAAAAAAAGAUCCCAAGAGCUGAACAGUGUCCUAAAUGAAAUCAAGCAAUUCAUUGGUGAGCUAGCCAGCACUUCUGGAAAUUUUACAGGUUUGUGUUGAGUUGUUUUUUUUGUUUGUUUGUUUUUUAAAACAACUUGUGAAGUCAUUACUUUCUCAGAAAGGAAACAUGGAUCUGAAUGGAGGUCUGUGGAUUUUAAUGGGAGCAUGUGAUGCGAUGCGGGGCAGUGGGAAGUCAGAAAGACCCAGAGGUGGGGAACAGAAGGCAUAAGGGAAAUCCAAGAAAGCAGAGAAUAAGGCUGUGUACACACCAGCUGAAAACACAGCUCAAUAAUUCUUUUUCUCAUUUCUGAUCAAAACUGGUUUGUGGAGGAGACACAUCAAAAUGCAGUAUUUUCUAAGAAACUACAAGAUAGAUAUUAUUUAUGAAAUUUGUAUGCCACCCUUCAUCCAUAGAACUCAUAAAAAUACAAGAUUAAACGAACACAAAAUAUAUAAUAAAAACAAACUAAUAAUCCCACCUCACCCCCUCCCAUAGCGCAUUUAAAAGGUUGUUGGAUGUUAACCUGGUUUCGCCUGGUGCCCAAACGUGCGUAAUGAAGGCGCCAGCUGAACCUCUCCGGAGAGAGCAUUCCACAAACAGGGAGCCACUGCAGAAAAGGCCCACUCUCGUGUUGCCACACUCUUGUGUAGGAGGCACACAAAGAAGGGCCUCAGAGGGUGAUCUCAGGGUCAGGGUAGGUUCCUAUGGAGAGAAGUGGUCUUUGAGGUACUGUGGUCUUGAGCUGCUUAAGGCUUUAUAGCUCAAAACCAGCUCUCUAAUUUUCAAUUUAAUGAUAGCCUCUUAUAAAUUAUUUGGGUAUGAUUGGGAAAGAGAAUGCGGUGAUCUACCCCCACCCCACCCAGCAAAGUGUCUUUUCCCCCUCAAAGUCUGAAAAAAUAUUUGUUGCGUUCACAAAAUUUUAUACAAGGGUUUAUACAAAGGUUGUAUAUACUGUAAUGCUUGCCUGAAUUUUUCAGAGCCACGAGACAUUCUAGAGUGCAGCGCUUACCAGUUUACUUUGGAAAGAAGUUUCUAGAGGCUUACGGCGUUUUAAAACUAGGAAUUUAUUUACAAAUAUACAGGUUGAGAAUAAGUGAAGUCUCCAGAAGACAGCCAGAUCCACUGCCCCAGAUCUGCUCUCAGUGUUUCUCUGUGUCUCGCCAAUCUGUCUCACUUUCCCAUUUCAACCACACAGACAGAACCAGAUUAUACAUCACCCUGAGUUGAGAGUGUGGAAACUCUACUUUUGCCCCAUUCAGAAGAUCCAGCUCCCUUCCUAAGGGAUGUACCUGUUAACUUUGCCAUCAGCUAUAUUAGGGGAGUGUCUGGCAGUACUUCUGACUCAAUUAGUCCUCUUCUGACCUAACCCUUAUCUUAAAAAAUAUUAAGUGUUCCAGGCAGACCCAUAGCCAAUGCAUGAGAUGUGAGCAGAAGGUACAUGACAUUCUUAAGCUUAACAUUGGAGGGGGUGGGUGGGAGAGGCCUGCUUCAGAAUAGUGGCCUUAUGCCAUAAUGUUACACCAUAAAGCUGCAUGCUUUUAAAGCAUGCAGUUUGGACCUAUUGGUAUGCUAUCAGCCAUGAUGUUAUCUCAGUACCCUGAGCAUGCUGGCAUUUUAGGCAGUUAUUUAAGUGUUUCGAUGUUGAGUUCCAAAGCUCUUUUUUCCCUUCGUUUUAAGACUCUACGAAGUUGAACAUGUUGAGUCUCGCCAACAAGCUCCCUAUACAUCUUUCAAAUAUCCAUUACUAUCUGCCUCAUCUCCAGGAGCAUGAAGAUGGUAUUUAUCCAAAUGUUGUAAUUGGACAAGGAAGGACUGGGGGUGAGAAUAUGUUUGUUUGUUUGUUUGUUUGUUUGUUUGUUUGUUUGUUUGUAUUUAGAGAGCAACCCUAAACUUCAGAUUAGAACUACCUUCUGGAAAGAGUUAGGAUAUGGUGGGUGUGCCUAUCUGCCUCCCUCUGCCAGUGGAGACUGGUCCAUAUGGGCAAAUGGGGCUCUGCCCCACCAUAGCAAAUUCCUCCACUACUGCUUUCCAUGGUGUUGCGCUGAAACUGUAGUGAUCUACUGGGCUGCAACCCUCAGCAAAACUACACACACACAUUCUCUGCUGGGCCCCAUUUCUAAAGGAAACAGGAACCCUGGGUAAGUGCUUGGACCCCUAGACCAUCACACUGCUUGGAGAUUGGGGUGGAAAGAGAAUGAGAAGAAAGACAAUGUAAAAGUGCCACUUUUUACAAGUUAUCCAAGGUUUGUCCAAGGGGUAGUUGCAGAAUUUCCCAGAUGAAGAGCUUUGUAAAACCUUGGCAGGAGGAGGAAAGCACAAUAGGCAACUUUUUGACUAUUGCCUUUUUCUCUUGCUGCUUCUGUUUAGUAUACAGAAGAUAGGUCCCUCUUUUGGUCUAUCUUCUCAGGCUUCAAGUCUGUCUCUCACACACACCUUUUGUGCACUGUUAUCUCAUUUUGCCCUCACAAUCGUUCUACUGCUCUGUGCUAUUCUUUGUAAAAGGCUCUGCACAAACUGCUUUAGAAUUCUGCCCAGAUGUUAGUGGAGUAGUAGGUGAAGGGCCGUAUCCCAGUGGUAGAACAUCUGUCUUGCAUGCAGAAGAACCCAGGGUCAAUCCCCAGCUUCUCCAGGUAGGACUGGGAGAGAUUUCUGCCUGAAACCCUGCAGUGCCACUGCCGCUCAGUAUAGAAAUACUGAGCUAGAUGGGUGAAUGGUCUGACUCAGCAUAAGGCAGCUUCCUAUGUUCCUAACAUUAGUCAGAGGCUGUAUGCUUCUAAAUACCACUUGCAGGGAACCACAGGAGGACACAGUAUUCUUGUGCUCAGUUUCUGCUUGUGGGUUUCCCACAGGUAUUUGGGUGGUCACUGUGAGAACUGGAAGCUGGACUAGGUGGGCCAUUGGCCUGAUAUAGCAGGCUGUCCUUAUGUUUUUGCUGUGACACUUCAACUGCCAGCAUAUGAGUUAUCGCUGCUAUCUAUCAAAUAUGACAGAUCCUUCUUAUCAAGGGGGUUAAUUUGUCCGAAUUAAAGGGAAGUCAAAAAUUAAGGGAACUAGCUUAAUAAAAUGGACAGCUAGUGGAGAAUGCAAAACAUUCCCCCAGAAAGGAGGACCUGGAUUCAAAACUUAAAACCACACUCUAACACACAGUUAGAAAAUCUAAUUUAGUGUUGGAUUAUGACCAACGUAGAAUAUGCAUUUCUAUUCUUACUGGUUUAAACUCACUGCUGAUUUCUGCACCUAAGGACACUAAUAGUAUCACCUUAGUAAUAUCUGUAGUUGUGUCAUUAUGAAAAUGAAAAUGAUUUUUUAUUGUACUGAUUUAAAAAAUUGUCCAGCUAAGUCCCCUUUUUUUUACGUUAGUGGCCAUGGUAAUAGGUGUUCCAACAGUGCGAAGAGAAAAGGAAAGCUAUUUGAUGGACACACUGCAAUCCCUUUUAAGUGGAAUGUCUGAAGAUCAGAAGAAGCAUUGCAUGAUAAUUAUCUUUGUAGCAGAGGUAAGUUAGCUUGAAAUGAUUUGUGUUUACAGAAAGAAAAUGCAGCAGUCUGUGUUUGUCUAUAAUACAGAGGUGGGGAAUCUGUGGUCCUACAGAUGUCGUGGAGCACCAACUCUCAUCAGUCCUGGCCCAUGUAUGUUGGGAUCCACGGUCCAGAAUCCCUUCUACCCCUUUGCUACAUUAGAGAAUGUUAUUUAUUUAUUUAUUUAGUUAUUUAAAUAUUUUCCAACUCACACUCUGCCAGCUGAUCUCAAGGGGUGGAUACAUUCAAUCUAAAAUGACGACUUGUCAGAUAUGUAUUGAACUACAAUGAAUAGCAGCAAUAAAACUACUAGCAAAUUUGGAAAGCUAAGCAGGGACUGGUAUGGUUUCAAAUUGGAUGGGAGACCUCAUGUCAAGAUUCUAUCAUUCUAAGCAAUGGCAAACUAAAGUCAGCAAGCAGAUCACUAUAUUGAGCAUUACCCAUAAAGACCAGAGAAAACAGCUAGGUCUUGACCCAAAGAGGAAACAAAGCCACUGUUUUGAUUAAUUCAGGAGCCAGUCAUGGGGCUGCAACACUCUUCUUCAUGUGGAGAUCUGUGGGCACGUUAGAAGCAAUCAGGGUGAAUCCACCCAUUAGUCAACGUGAGUCCCUUGUCUCAGGUGGCAUUGUGGUGGAUCAGGGUCCUCUGACCUGCCUUCUGAGACUUCUGGUCUCUACCCCCCACCAAUGUUUGGCUGGUUACUGCUGCUGCCACCACCACCACCUACUAACCAGCCAUCACCUCUGGCUCAGCAGCUGUUCCCUAGGAAGCUAGAAGCCACAUAGGUGCUCCUAAUAAAGAUGUUGUGAACACACGCACUUGUUUAAAGUUUCACAGUUUACUACAUAGAAGGCCAAAGGACCACCCUUGCUGCUAUUGUGACAGCAAAUAAGUAAAGAAGCAGCAAUAGGAGAUCAGUGCAUGGGGAAGCAGUGACAGCUCAUCCACCUUGGCUCAGGUGGGAAAAUGCCUUGCACUAGCCCUGAAUGAGAUUCUGUUGAUGAGCAAGUUGAUGCAAAGGAGCACUUCGCAGUGGAAAACAAUAAAGAACCAAGGAUAAAUUUAGUUGGAAGUGCCUGUGACCCUUGCACUCUCUCAGAACAGGGGUGCUGGGUAUAGGGGGUGCAAGGGGGCUUCAGCCCCAUUAAUACUUUGAAGAAGCGCCCCAGCCCCCCAAGUAUUGAGUGGGUUGACAUCCGCCACUGCCGCUAGGUGCCCUCUGCAUGCCCCUGCCGCUGCCUGGGAUCCGAGGAGCUGGGAGGGGGCUGGGACGAGUCAGGGGCAGGGGCUGGGGCAUGCAGAAGGCACCCAGCGGUGAGGGAUGUCAGCCCCCUCAAUACUGAGGGGGACUGGGGCCCCUGCUUCAAAAUAUUGAGGGAAGUUGAAGCCCCUUGCACCCCCUGUACUCGGCGCCCCUGUUCAUUAACAUAAGUAAACAUUCAAAAAUUCUCUCCAGAGACCCAUGACUCAGUCAUAAAACCUAGUCCACCCCAUCUUUGCAAUGGAAACAAUGCAAGCCUUCACAAAGUGUUCACACGCUUUUCACAGCAACUUAAAAUGCAACAGCAUUACAAUUAUACGCCAUUUUAUGUAACAUUAAAAAACUUCAACACUUGGGUCUGCUGAACCUGGACUGUUGCACCGAGAUGAGGCUCCACAUUGGGAGGGAUUUCUGGAUAUGCUGCAUGGGUAAAGGCAUGUGUCAUGGUCUAGGCAAUAUUAAAUGACCCAUCAUGAGCCUGUAUUCAAGGAGCUGUGUGGUUUGGGUGCUGCUUUCUGGAGUGAGAGAGUUCAAAUCCUGCCUGCUCCACAUUUACCAUCUAAACUUGUUGUUUAGAGAGGUCACGUCAGAAGUCAUUUGUGGUAGACCAAAGAUGUAGAAUCUGUGGUUCUCCAGAUAUUACAGACCACAGUCCUCCUCAUCCUUGUCCAUUGGUCAUAGUGCCUGAGAGCUGGAGGCCACAAACCAUGGAGGGCCACAGGUUCUCAUCCUUACAUUUAGUUCUUUUACAAUAGAUUUAUCUCCCGUCUCUUAUUUCCCAUUGCAUUGCUGUUUCCUGCCAUGUUUCAUACUGAGGGUCAUCUACUGUGAGCUACUAUGCAAUAACUGGCCUGUGGAUAUCCCUUUUUAAAAAUAGCAAAAAAACCAAAAACAAAAACACCCAAAUAAUGCAGGUUUCAGUGCUAGAGCUCUGACUUGCUAAUCCUGCAGUUCUGGUUUAGAAUGCAGAGUUCUAAAGUAGCAAAAGCUCAGUGGCUUUAAAUGGACAAUGCAAUAGGUAGGAGCUUGAAGAGGGAAGAAACCUUGUAGUUUCUGGAACAACAUUAUGCUAAUAGUCUUUAAUCAGUGUAUAAUGUAGAUGGUGAUAAAGCCCAGGCCGAGUCUGCCGAAAGGAUGGUUUUCUUAGGCAGCACCUGCAAACAAAGGACACGUUCUCACAUAUAUUAAUGUUGCAAACCUAUGGUGGUAAUCUUUCCAAAACUACAUAAGUAGUCUUACUGCAUAUACAGCACAAGAUACUGUGGACUUGUUGAUCGGAAGGUUGGCGGUUCGAAUCCCCAAGAUGGGGUGAGCUAUCGUUGCUCUGUCCCAGCUCCUGCCAACCUAGCAGUUCGAAAGCAUGCCAGUGCAAACAGAUAAAUAGGUACUACUGUGGUGGGAAGGUAAGCGGCAUUUUUGUGCGCUCUGGCACGCGUCACGGUCUUCCAUGAGCCAGAAGCAGUUUAGUCAUGCUGGCCACAUGAUGUGGACAAAUGGCGGCUCCCUCAGCCUGAAAGCAAGAUGAGCGCCGCAACCCCAUAGUCACGUUUGACUGGACUUAACCAUCCAGGGGUCCUUUACCUUUAUACUGUGGACAUAUUGUGUGAUUGCCCUAAAAGUUCAAAUACUGCAUACAAGAGUUCAAUAUUUCUCACAAUAGUGCAUUAUCAUGACUUUAAUAUUUGAAUAUUUUAUGGGUAUUCCUGAUGGCAUUAACAAGGGUCAGCAAACUUUUUCAGCAGGGGGCCAGUCCACUGUCCCUCAGACCUUGUAGGGGGCUAGACUAUAUUUUGGGGGGGAAAUGAACGAAUUCCUAUGCCCCACAAAUAACCCAGAGGUGCAUUUUAAAUAAAAGCACACAUUCUACUCAUGUAAAAACACACUGAUUCCUGGACCAUCUGCGGGCCGGAUUUAGAAGGCGAUUGGGCCGGAUCUGGCCCCUGGGCCUUAGUUUGCCUAUCCAUGCAUUAAUGCAUAAAUGUACCAGAUAUGUAGAAUGUGUUCAUAGCAAGCUUUAGAACUCCUAGAGCAAUGCCAUAAAAAAAACCCCUGUCUGGUUAUGUUGUGGGAAUGUGCUGUAACUUGGUUGCUACAAUUUCACAUAUAAAUGCAACAGUUUGGAAACACUUGGAAUAAACUGUUGGAAGUUCUCUGUAAUAGAUGUCCUGAGGCAAGGAAACUGCUUGGGUGAAUUUUCUCACCAAAGGUUUGGGGUGUGUGAGAGUUUGUGAUUAACUCAGCUGCAUUUCCAUCAUUGAGAACAAAUCAGGAGGGUAUAGUUCAUUGCUGCAAGGUAAGAGUGAUAGAUUUUUCUAAAAGUAUUACUUCUGCAUAUAAAUAUGAGGAAAAGUACAUACAUCUUAAUCCUUCUAUAUAAUGUAAACAAGUGUGCAGCAACUUCUUUCUAUUUAAUUUUUAAUAUUCAUAUAAUAAAAUUAAUUCUGCUGUGUCCAUUGGUAAGGGAUGGUGACUGUAAAAUAGAAUAAAAUGAAUGCACAUAUGAUUUCCUGUAUGAUUAGCACAAUUUCUGUUUUCAGAAAAUAGCAGAAAUGUUGAUUUAUUUAUUUUUUAAAUUUUUAGGUGGAUUUAAAAUAUGUUAACAGCAUUGCAGAAAGCAUCAGAAGCCGGUAAGUUUUUAAUAAUAUGUCAGCUUAUGGCUACUAAAAAUAAGUAAUAUUAUGCCAUUAAAAAUACCGCAUCAAUAAAAGUUUACUUAUCAGUAACAUGGAUUACUGUAGCAUGUACUAAACUAAAUACAGUGGUGCCCCGCAAGACGAAUGCCUCGCAAGACGGAAAACUCGCUAGACAAAAGAGUUUUCCGUUUUGGAGGUGCCUCGCAAAAUGAAUCUGCUAUGGGCUUGCUUCGCAAGACGAAAAUGUCUUGCGAGUUCCUGGGUUUUUUUUUUUCCUUUUCCCCCCUUUUCUAAGUCGCUAAGCCGCUUAUCUGCGUAUCCGAUAAGCUGAUAAGCUGCUAAAAGCCGCUAAAAGCCGCUAAAAGCCGCUAAAAGCCGCUAGUAGCGCUAAUAGCGCUAAUCCGCUAAUCCCGUCAAUGGGCUUGCUUCGCAAGACGAAAAAACCGCUAGACGAAGAGACUCCCAGAACGGAUUCUUUUCGUCUUGCGAGGCACCACUGUAUUAACACUUACAGCACUAAGGAAGACAGUAAAAGAAUAGUAUUGCAAAGUUUAGCUAAAUCCUUUAGUUCUCUCUUUCUCUAUGACACUACUUUGCAUUUAUAAUCUUUAAAUAAGUGAAUUUGAGACUACUUUCCACAUAAUUUAACUAUGCCAGCCCAAAGCCCCCUUGUGUGUAUAUAAUACUGAAUUCAAUUACUUACAUUCUAGGAAGUAAUCAGAAAUCUUUACUAGUAUCUAGACAUUUGGAGUAGCAAUUCUUCUACCCUGUUCUAGGUUGUUGUUGUUUUUGCUUUCAAAAUAAUAUCCUACUUUAAUGUAAUAAAAUGUAAAGAGUGCCUUUGUGAUGUCAAAGGUAUGGGAAAUAUGGCUUUUAGAAGUUGGUCCCAUAGGUUUCCAAGGAGAGACUGGUUGGUUCCUGAGGCUGAAGCGUUUGUGUGCAGAUGCGUAUUUGAGGUGUCACAACCCUUCCUCCAGGGCUGCCUAUAGUCUGGCGAACUAUAUGUUUGCUUCCUGUGCUAAUAGGGCUCUCAUGCUAGGGGUACUGUGCUGUGCUGUGGGUUGGGGAGGGAGGUCUUGCCUCCAGACUUGCUGGAAUGGGUUGGUUUCCUUGCAGUGUCUGCCUCAGGCGGUGCAAGUGCAAGAGGCGGCACUCUGCCUGCCCCAUUGCUUCCACCAGCAAGAAGGAGGCCUUCUGGCAUAUGGCCCUGCUGUUUGUCUUCCCUAGUCCCAGGCGGAGAAGCCAAGCAGCAACGCUUUGAAGAGUGCCCCAUCUCCCACCAAGUUGAGAGGCGAGAGUCAAAGAGGGGCAGGAGGCACAAAUGCCCAUUUCAGCUCAGGUGGCAAAACAGGACAGGCCACCCCUGAACGAAGCGGUUGCAUAUCUCAAGCCACAGAGCAAUUGCAACAGAGGAUCGCUUUACCCAAGUCUGCAAUACACAUACACAGGAAAAAUAAAUGGUUUUUUUAUAAUAAAAUGUACAAAUGUCCUCUCUCAAACAUAAACAAAGAUGAAUAAGCCCUUGAUCCUGUAUGCAGUUUGUACCUCUGAACAGAAGUUCACCGGAAGAGAAUACUGUUUUUCUUUUUUUCUUUUCUUAGCUUCCCAAAGGAGGCACUAUCUGGAGUCCUGGAGGUUGUCUCUCCCCCUGCUUCCUAUUAUCCCAAGCUCUCCAAUCUCAAGGCAUCAUUAGGGGAUUCAAGUGAGAGAGUAAGGUAUGAAAGGUGGCAUGUGAGGAUUUCAGACAGCACGUUAUUAAGCGUUUUAAAAAGAGGGUUGUUUUAUUUAUUUUAAAGUGAAUAUCUUGGUUUUAAAGCUUCGUUCCCAAAGCAGCUCUCAGUAUCUUGAAACUAUAAGGCAUGGUUCAGUCAACAAGUGCCACAACUGCAAAGAUAAGGUAAAUCAUUCACCCCAGGGUGGAGCAGAGUCGGCAGCUGCAGCUUAGAGGAGGCCCCAGAGACCUGCUUGGCCUCUAAGCUCUGCUUGGUCUCUGGAGCACGGGGACAGCACCCUUCCCCACCAGCAGCCCUAGUCUUGGGCCCAAUGGCAGCAGCCAACUGACUCCCAAGUAAACCUGAGGGCACCCAGGUUUACUCCGUUUCCAGCGGAGACUCACAGAAGGACACCCUCACUGCUCUUGCUGGGGAAUCAGUGCAGCCUCCCUACCUGUGGUGGAGUGUAGACUGGCAGGGGUGCUUCUGUCAGCAUCAUUGAGCACACUCAGAUGCUCCCCCCUCCCCAAUAUCUGUCAAUGUUGGCAGCAUCCAGCUCCCAUGGUGACCCCUCCCUCCCCCAGCUGCUGCCACAGGACCAUCUUGCCCUGGGGGGAGUAGAGAAGACAGAAGUUUGAGGAACUAUCAACAUCCAGCCCCCAUUGUAACCCCUGCCCCCCUCAACUGUAACCACAGAGGCUUCUUGCCCUGAGGGAAUUGAGAACAUAUUCUUCCAAGCAAAGAAUUUGCAUUUUUUUUUUCAUUUUAAUGUAACAUCAUCAUCAUCAUCAUCAUUAUUAUUAUUAUGAUAGUUAUACUCACAAAAAUCUUAUGCAAACUGUUUUUGAGGUCCAUCUGAAAAGGGGUAUAUCAAUUACUUAAAUAAAUAAAUUUAAAAUACCUAUGAGCGAUUACUACUUUUAGUAAGAGGUAGUCCUGGGAAGAACUGAUCAAUAAGGCCUGGAUCCAGGAGCGCAAUAGUUUCUUUCUGGGCAAUAUGACCCCACCCAGGCAAAGUACUGUAUAUCCAUAAACUUCUUGUCUGAAGUUUACUCAUAUAAACUGAGUGUUUAUUUGUUGUUAUUCAGUCCAUUGCUGAUUUCAGGCAAGUAUUUUAAGCUGACAUCUUCACACCUUGUUGAAAUGGAAAGGAGAAAUAAGAGCUGGAUGUCACUUGUGUAUUGUUGGCAACUCUCUCCAAACCUCCAGACAAUCUCUCCUAAAGUUUCACGCAGAAGUUUAAAAUCAUGGUAGAAACAAUAAAUUUAUGCAGAACCCCACACAGGAUAAUUACUUAUGGUUAUUAUUCUGUUUGUUUAAAAAUGUAAAGCAGUUAGUUUGGAUUUCUUAUAAACAAACAAACAAACAAACAAACAAACAAACAAACAGAAGUCUUCUAACACCACCUUCCAAAACUUCCCAGUAAAGUAGGAGCAGAGUAACUCAGGGCUUCCAACUUGCAGCCUAUGUAGAUAGUGCAGAAGAAACUCUGGUUGAUGUACUGAAAGCUGCUGAUAAGUCCCAGGGAAACAACAAAGUUACAGUCCCUGUUGUCACUCUCCCAGUGUAGAUUAUUAGCCAGGGUCACCAAGGCAGUUUCCAUCCUCACUACCAUCCAGAAAACUAGAUUGAAAUACUGUAGUUAUAGAUAAGAGUUUGCUUGUGUCUGUCUAAAAUGAAAGUAUAGUAUAAAAGUAAGCUCCUCUUUAAAAAAACAUAAUUUGUUGCCUCCGUUUAGAUGGAGAACAAAACAGAAUUUGGAUUAUAGCUUCUUAAUGAUGUAUGCCCAACCAAGGGGAACAUUCUAUUUACAGGUAAGUUCACAUGCUACAUAAAUUGCUGCACUGAUUAAAUUAGUUUUUCUUCUAUCCUUUGUAGUUCUGCUACCAUUAGCAACAUUUUCAGGGCAGUUUAAGGAAAUAAACCCUCUUAUCUACAGCUUCCUUUUUUUCUUUAUGUAAGCUAUAAAUUUCUUUUCUUUUUUUAAGGCCAGUGUCUCUGUAAAUCAAUAAAAGGUUGAGGGAGGUUUAGAUAAAAUUGUGUCAAUAUUUUCAGUGCAAUCGUUCACAAUUUCUGAAGUCCACGAGGGUCCCUUGAGAGACUUUUAGUCAUGCCUGGGAACAGAUAAUGGCUGUACAGGAGCCAUAAGAACAGGCAGCCAAAUCCCUCUUCACCUGGGGUGAAUUGUAAUUAUUCUCUGUGUCCAUUUAGGUCCGCUUCAUCCUGAGAUAAUUAGGCAUUUCCAAAGCUGAAAGCAUCUUUGAGAAGCUCUGUUUCAGGAGUUGUUAGAAAGUGCUUUUUAUUAACACUCAAGGGAGAUGAAAUGAAAACAUUAAAAACUACAGCAGCUUUUAGCAGCUUGAUUCAGAACUCACGCCAGGAAAAAAAAGUCAGGAACAUUUAUUGGGAGUACUGUUUCACUUCAGCAGCACUCUUGGCACCCACAGCUUUUCACAAGAAGAUGUUCUUAUUUGUAGCAAUUAAACAUGUGUGUGUGUGUGUGUGUGUGUGUGUGUAGAAAGCAAGCAGGUUAUUCAUUGAAGAGACAUAUCAAAUUGUUAAAGUAAAAAAGAAGCAGUUCCAGUGAGAAAACUAUGCAAUAAGGCAUAUCAAUUUACCUACUGUUUGAUGAGGGAAAAUGCUAAAGUUUAAACAACCUUUGGCUUCGAUUAUCUAGUUUCCACAUUUGAAUCUCCUCGGAAGACAUCUUAUUAUUUCUACUGCGCCAAAUUUAAACUUAUUAAUUCAAGUCAUUAAACAGCACUGUUCAUAUGUAGUUAAUAUGUUUUUGCAAUCUUUGCUACUUUUUAAUCAGCCUACUAGUGAUUCUGACUCUCUACCUUCUCACUCUACCAUUGUGGUGCUUAUAUGCAGUGCUUUUUUUCUAAAAAAAAUGUUUAGCGGUACUCUCAUUUUCCUACUCAUAUUGAAAUACUGCCCCUCAAACUUAGAUUCACUAACUGUUUAAGGGUAUGCGUACCCCUGCAUCCCCCAAGAAAAAAUCACUGUGCCACUCAAAGGAUUAUCCAAUUUUGUGUUCAUCCUGCAAACCCAUUUCCUAGGAUAUAGCAAUGCCUCAUCUAUGCCUCCAUUUCUCCUAAUCUACUAUGGAGUACAGAAGUGAUUUAUAUUUAUAUUGAUACCUUGUUGCCAUUCUUUUCCCUUUGUUUAUUUCAUUUAUUUCUCUGGAAGCAACAAAAUUACAGUAUCUGUAAAGGGUCUCUAGAUCUAUGGCUGCAAUUGAAAAAAAGUUGAUUUCUUUUUCAGCUAGAAGAUGAUAUUAUAGCCAAACCAUCAUACAUACAAACAAUCAGUGAGUUUGUUGUGCUACAGGACUCAAAGGAGUGGAUGUUUCUUGAAUUUUCUCAGCUUGGGUUUAUUGGUAAGUAAAGUAAAGUAAACCUAGACAGCAUCUUAAAAAGUAGAGACAUCACCUUGCCAACAAAGGUCCAUAUAGUUAAAGCUAUGGUUUUCCCAGUAGUGAUGUAUGGUAGUGAGAGCUGGACCAUAAAGAAGGCUGAUCGCUGAAGAAUUGAUGCUUUUGAAUUAUGGUGCUGGAGGAGACUCUUGAGAGUCCCAUGGACUGCAAGAAGAUCAGACCUCUCAAUUCUUAAAGAAAUUAGCCCUGAGUGCUCACUGGAAGGACAGAUCAUGAAGCUGAGGCUCCAAUACUUUGGCCACCUCAUGAGAAGAGAAGACUCCCUGGAAAAGACCCUGAUGUUGAGAAAGAAGGAGGGCACAAGGAGAAGGGGAUGAAGGAGGACGAGAUGGUUGGACAGUGUUCUCGAAGCUACCAGCAUGAGUUUCACCAAACUGCGGGAGGCAGUGGAGGACAGAAGUGCCUGGUGUGCUCUGGUCCAUGGGGUCACGAAGAGUCGGACAUGACUAAACGACUAAACAACAACAACAAAGCAACAUUAUCCAAGACUGCAAAGGAGCAGCCUAAGCAAGAGAGGAAGUGUGUGCCUAUUAUCAGCAACAACUUUGCUCCUGAAUUAAGAAUGAAUUUUUCAUUCAUUCAUGUUAGUAGGCUGAACUGAAGGAGGGGUGUGCUGGAAAAGAUGCUCACAAAACCCUUCAGCUACUUCUAAAGUAAUAUAGGUGGAACAAAAACAUCACUUGAGAAUUUAACCAAACUUCUCCUCCGCUUGGACAAUCAUUGGAUGCAGUUUCUUUUCUUAUUAAUUUAUGGGAAAUAGUUGACAGGUUGGAACAAGGAAAUGUUGAACUCAACAUUAUGACAGCAUAAUGAUUUAUAAACCUAUGAGGCAGAUCCAAGGACAAUGAGUGGAAUUAACCUACAAUGGAACCAAAAUAGAGUAUCUGUAGGUCUGUGCAGGUUGUUAAGUUCUUCCAUUAAUAAAUAAUCUUAGAAUCAUAGAAUCAUAGAAUCAUAGAGUUGGAAGAGACCACAAGGGCCAUCGAGUCCAACCCCCUGCCAAGCAGGAAACACCAUCAGAGCACUCCUGACAUAUGAUUGUCAAGCCUCUGCUUAAAGACCUCCAAAGAAGGAGACUCCACCACACUCCUUGGCAGCAAAUUCCACUGUCGAACAGCUCUUACUGUCAGGAAGUUCUUCCUAAUGUUUAGGUGGAAUCUUCUUUCUUGUAGUUUGGAUCCAUUGCUCCGUGUCCGCUUCUCUGGAGCAGCAGAAAACAACCUUUCUCCCUCCUCUAUGUGACAUCCUUUUAUAUAUUGGAACAUGGCUAUCAUAUCACCCCUUAACCUCCUCUUCUCCAGGCUAAACAUGCCCAGCUCUCUUAGCCGUUCCUCAUAAGGCAUCGUUUCCAGGCCUUUGACCAUUUUGAUCAAACAAAGAAAGCAAAACAUGGCCCAAGUAAAUUAGCAGGUACUUAGAUUACGUAUAAUCUCCAGAACGUGCACUUAGAAACAAUGCAAAAUACUGCGUAAGCAACUGUUGGAACAACAUCAACUAGUUCUGCAUGUUUUGCUCUUCCUUCAGGGUUCAUCCUCUCUGGUUAAGGCAGUAUUACAGGUUGUAAGGGGCAUUGUUUUUUAACUGCGUAUGCUGUUCAUUCAUAGUUGAAGACUUUCAUGCCCCACUUUGAUUUUGUUCGAAUGCUAAGCAUUGGAUUCAAUGGGACUCAGAAGAGCUUGACUUGGGCUGGAUUGUGCCCUAAAUCUUUCAUGCCCGCUUUGAUUUUGUUUGAAUGCUAAGCAUUGAACUCAAUGGGACUCAGAAGAGCUUGACUUGGGCUGGAUUGUGCCCUAAAUCUGGCUGCGCUUCAUAAAACAAUAUGAUAACUGAAAUACAACCACCUUCAAAAUUUGUACUCAUCUGAAUUUUGCAAUGCUGUUCUUCAACCAGCCAACAUUUACAAAAAAGCAUAUAUUAGGUGGAAGUGUGCAUAAAAUUCCAUACAUUAGAAAAUAUAACAUACAAAUAUGCAUUAUGUUAGGAGAAAGUGCUUGUAAAAUGUGUACAUUAGCCACAGCUGUAUGCAAAAAUGUGUACAUUAGAAGAAAUUUGCACCAAAAUUCUGAUGGAUUUUCAUGAGGAUUCUUUAAAAAAAACCCACACAGAUUGCAGCAGAUAUAUAAAGAACAGAAUUUAAGAUUGGAAAAAUGAGAAACUGAGAGAACUAAAAUGAACAGAUCUUUCCAUUCCUACUUGUAUCAACUCUGAACUUGAGGCCAGUUGUUGCAGGUCCUGGUUAGAUUUAUAGGAUCAUUUGCAGUUUUUGAAGCCCAUGGAAGUAGAUAGAAUGUUUACAUGGAUUAGACCAAUUGUUUGUCCUCUCAACCUUGCCUGCCUUGUUAAAAUCUGGCAGAAAAGGAUUGACUGGAUGGGUCCAGCAAGUGGUACAUGCCUUGCUGUGAGAGGGAAAGAUGCUCACUACCUUGAGAAAGCAGGUGGUGCCACCCCUCCUGAAGAGGUCAUCACUGGACCAUGAAGUACUACCACCUAGGGAUGGGUGAUAAAUUCAAUUCAGUUAGCAUUUAAAGGCGAACGUGCCCAAUUCAUACAAGAUACAAACUGAAACAAAACCAUCCUUCAAAAUUUGUACAUCUCUAAAUUUUGCAGUGCAGUUCUCUGGUCAAAUGAUAUGUACAAAAAUGCAUACACUAGCAUAAAGUGUGCAUAAAACUGCAUAUAAUCAUGGAAACAACAUGCACAAAUGCAUUCUUUUGUGCUUUACUGUGCAGUAUGGAAAGUUGUGAUUUACCUCUCCCUUUUUGAAAACAUCAUUUUCAGGAAAAUUAUUCCGAUGCAGAGACUUGCCGCUGAUAGUUGAAUUUUUGUUAAUGUUCUACAAGGAUAAGCCAAUUGACUGGCUUCUAGACCACUUACUUUGGGUUAAAGUUUGCAAUCCAGAGAAAGAUGCAGUAAGUACUACAAUUAUUAACAAAAAUAAGUUGCAUGGGGGUGGGGCAGAUGGGCAAACACUGACAAUACAAUUACAUUUUAGAACAAAAAGAGAAGGAAAUUGUUGCUGAUUGCUUACACAACUGGAAUUUCCAAACAACCAUUGGGCAAAUGGACAGCAUGAGUUCACAAUAAUUAACUCAAUCAAAUUCCAUAAAUUUCAGUGUCAAUCAUGUCACCCCACUAUGAAAAAAUGCAUAUUCCAUUAUUCUGUAAGUUUGAAUGUAAUAUACUGUAACAUGACAGAAACAGAAAUGAUGAACACAAUUAAAAUACAAAAAAAUGCUGUUAUGUACAAAAUAAUUUAAUAAAUCCAAUUUAAGCAGUUGAUCAUUUGCAUUUUAUCUAUUGAUAUUAUUGUGGUUUUUUAAUUGGUUUUCAAUUAUGGUUAGUCACCUUAGAUAUGUUAUGGGUAUUUUAUUUUAAAACCAAUUUAUAAGUAACACAGUAAGUUGAUACAAGCUAGAUUUGUGCACAAGUAUUUGCAUGUGAUAUUCCAUUAGAAUUAUACAUCUGAGUUUAUAUAUUAUUCUGUCAUUUUCAAAACCGGUAUUGCUUUAUAUAUUUUAAUAAGAUGUGGUUUGUUUGUUUGUUUAUUUAUUUAUUGCUUACAUGUAGAUCUAGGCUUUUCCUUCAUUAAAAUCAAGGUAUAAUACUCUAUUUUCCCCCUCAUUUAAUCCCCACAACAACCCUCUGAAGCAGGUUAGAUUGAGAGGUAGUGACUGGCCCAAUAUUGCCCAGAGAGCUUCAUAGCUGAGUGGGAAUCUGAACUCUGGUUUCCCAGGUCUUAAUCCAACACUUAAAGCACUAUGCCACACUGAAUCCUACUAAAACCAUAUCUGCUGGAAUAUUGGACCUAAUUUUGAAGUUGAUCAGUUGAGUUGAUCUGUAAUUAAACAGUUAAUCCUACAUUUUAAAACAUCUUACUCUUUCCCUUAUUCAUUGUUGGCACAUAAAUACUAAACUUGAAUUGAGUUUGUGUGUAGUCUUUUUCAACAAAUAUCUUUAAAGUUAACUAGAAGCCUACAACCAAGGAAUUGGGUGGUUAGUUUAAAUUGAUAUAUGUAUGAUAUUUCUUUAAUGUUUAUCCCAUCCCACCCCCAGCUACUGUGUCUUAGCUCUCAUUGCUUCCUUAGGGUUGCAGCACUUCCAGUAAAACAGGCUUUAGGCACUGUGACAUUUCUUUAGAGCCCUCUCUCACUAGUCUCUACUUGCUUCAGUUCCUUGUCUCAUCUACAUGUUGAGUGAAGACAUCUCUGUCCCCUUCUUAAGUGUGAACACUGUGCAAGUGCAGCAAGCAACACAAGCAGAGGGACAAUGACCUUGCUGAGCUGGUAAUGUGAGACCCCCCCCCCCCAGAUAAGCAGUGUCCACAGUCAGUUCAGCACCACGAACAUAACAAAGUAUAGGUGGUUUGUUCACCUGUGACGGAAUAUAGUUUGGAAUAGUAAGUUAUAAAUAUGUAGAGAAAUUGAAAUGCAGCUGAACGUGGUUGCCUCCUUCUGUUGUUGUUUUACAUGAAAUGGUUUCGUUUUCAGAGACACUGUGAACGCCAAAAGACCUAUCUGCGCAUCCGUUAUAGGCCAUCUCUCUUUCAGCAUGUGGGAAUUCAUUCUUCUUUGGCUGGGAAAAUACAGAAAUUGAAGGUAAGUUCUAUUAGUCAUUUGCUUCUUUCUCAACAUCACGGUGUCAAUAGUGUAGAAAUACAACCGUCACCAAGUUCAAAGAGAAGACAAAUAAAGUGCUAGAGACUUUGUGGAAGCAAUGCAAAGAUGCCAAGACUAGUCCCCUGCCCUGCACGGUGUCUGCUAGCAAAACAAAUCACAGUCUCCAGUUGCCGUUAGUGAUUGGGUGAUUAUUCAUGGUGGAAGUGCUCAAGAAUGCAAGUACACCUGCUUGGAUGUUACCUCACCCCUCUUUAGCUUACAGUUGAAGAAUGUGGGGCUUGCCACCUCCAUGCCCCACAGCUGCAAGUGACAGCUCCACGCAGCCAAGAAGUAGCCUUACAGGGUAUUUUCAGAGCUACACAGAGCUGACAUUUCCAGCAGGGGAUUAUGGGUCUGGCCCAACAAUCAAUAGCUGCAUGUGUUUUAUAGUUUGAGAGUUUUCUCUGAACUGGCUGCCCUAGCCUUCUGUCUCUCCCACCCAUUGUCUGUUUUUUUUUUUUUUUUAAUAAUAUUUAUUACUUUUAAACCUUACAAAAAGCAGAAAAGAAAAGAAAAAAGAAAAGAAGAAUAAAAGCAAAAAAGAAAACAAUACAAUACAAUAUAUAACACAUUAAACAAAACAAAAGCAAAAACAAUUCAAAAACACACACACAUCAUACCGUCCCAAUAUCCUCUCUUUCAUUCCCUUGUUUCAUUGACCUCCUCUCACCUCCCUUUUUGUAUUCCAUUUCUAUUAAUUGUUUCAGCAAAUCCUUUCCAUCUUUCUCUGUUUUCUGUUAUGUAAUUAUCUUAACAUAUUUUAACCUUAUUUUCUAUUAAUACUAUAAUACUUAUUUACACUUAAUUCCUUAAAAUAUUUCUACUAAAGCCGUAUAAUUCCCUUCCAACAUUUUUCUAACACUCAUUCAUUUUACAUUAUUUCCAUAUAUAGAUUUUAAACUUUUUCCAAUAUUCUUCCACCGUCUCUACUCCCUGGUCUCGGGUUCUGCCAGUCAUUUCUGUCAAUUCCAUAUAGCCCAUCAACCUGGAGAUCUUCUGUCCGAGGCUCUUAACUCUCUUCCAGGUCCCUUCUGCAAGUCUUCUUCAUGUUUAUACAUGCACUUUAUUUUGUCUUUUCCUGAUCUUGUUCUUAUUUUCCUUCCUUUGAGGCUGAAAAGUAAAUCUCCGGGAAAUUCCCAUCUAGCAAUGUUUUUAUUCCUUCUCGACAAGUCAGCCAAAUCUCCAUAAUUAGAACUGAAAUUCAAAAGAUAUUUCCAGUCGUGUUUCAAAGUUCCUCCAAGUCUGGCAGUCCCCACACCUCCAGUCUCCUCCUGACCCAAGUCCAGGUCCCAAAGGUCAAUAAACCUGAGGGGAUCUAUCCAACUUUCUUUCUCCAGUCCAAGCGGGGCUCCAAUCCUAAAAGUCUGACUUUCUCUAGAUUCAGUCUUGGAAGUCAUCAACAUAUAAUCAUCAAAUUGCAACUGUAAAGCUGGAGCUCUCUCCGUCACCACUUGUGCCACUUUAGAUUCCACAGCAAAAACUUUCUCCCCCGCCUUCUCCUCAAUUUGCCAUGUCAAAAUAGAUCCCUGUAUCGAUUCCUGAAUAAUUUCUGUAUUAAUGUUGACUUUUUGUGCCAAAUUAGUCACUUUUUGUUCCAAGUUAUCAAUUUUUAUAGUCCUCGCAUCCGUCUUCCUACAAAGCUGUUCCAGUGCAUCAUUAAUCUUACAAAAUGCAACCACUAAGGCUUCUUCUGUCAACAUUCCCAACAAUUAAAGGUCAAUCCCAGAUUCUCACAGUCUUAUCUUGCAGAUGGAAAAUUCCCCCAGCUCAGCUCUUGUAACAAUUUCAAAGGCUUCCUCUAGGGGGAAACAAUUUCUAUCUGUAUCAAUCCUUUUAAGCACAGUUCAAGCAAUAAAAUUAGUUUCAAUUUUCAGUUGCUUUUACUCCUUUUUAAACGCAGAAGGAGACAGUGGAAACAAUGUAUUUCUCUUCUUUAACUUACUGUCAGCAGAUGAUCCAUUCACAGUCAAUGAGCAUAUCCGAAACUUCAAUCUUACUAGCAGCCCGUUUCCAGGUUCAGAGCGGUGGUAAUUUAACUUUCUUCACUCUCUCCUGCAGGCUUACGCGAUCUUAAAUUUUCCCCCUCUUCUCCUGCUUCCAAGGGGGGUUUGAUGGUUUAACUGAUGGAAGUUUAAUCCUUUAUAAGAGACUUUCCAAGACUUUAGCUUGCAGCCUCUUUGCUUCAAUCUAUUUACAAAAGGGGGAGGCGGACUUCCUGUUUGAAACUUCCCCGUUUCGGUGCCAAAUUAAGACGUUUAAAAAUCCAAUUUUCCGUUCUACUCACGGGUAGUUGUUUUAAGAUCAAAUUUUCCACAGGAAAAAGUCAGCGCUCUCCGGCAACAGCAAUGCGGCUUCACUCCGUGAAAGAAGCAGUCGAUUCAAAGCACCGCGCCACUCACCCCAUGUCGCUCCGGAUCCCCGAAACCGGGUUUCCCCGCGAGUAGGGGAGGCGCGAAAGGUGCCAGCCGAAUCCCACGUCCACAAGCUUCUCUCGCCUUUGGUUUUUAGUGGGUCUCCGCCUUCGCCGUGGCGGCCAGACCCUAAUUUCCACGGAGCGGCUUCCUCCCGAUCAGAGGAAUUCAGCCAUUGCCGGAGGCGCCUCCCCGGAAGUCUCCCACCCAUUGUCCUGUCUUGCCCAAAGUAAGAAUUAUUUUCCGGAGGAAGUGAGGUAGAUGAAAUUGGUAGGGAGGAAUUUUGCUACUCAAGUGUUCAAGAUUUUGACUUUUCUAUGGUAGCACCACCACCAUGGAACACCCUCCCUAAAGGGUGUUGAACACUGCCCAGGAAUCCAUCUAGAUGAAAGGUGGUUUGGAAAUUUUAAAAAUAUAUAUAAUUGAAUGGUUGAUUGUUCAACCUGAGAAGCUCAAUUAAUUUUAGGGCUAAGCAGCUGAGUGCAGUUUGCCCAUCCCUAAUGGUCAUAGACUUAUGGGUCACUGUUUCUUUUUUAGAGAUGAAUGAAUACCUCUUGUUUUUAUACCCCACCCUGCAAAGUGGCUGAAAUUUUGGGCUCGUCUGCACACAGGCAAAGUUUCUUUCCAAAAAUAGUGCAUAAAAUGUAAAUAUUUGUUUAGAUGAUCUAUAUAUGUGUGACAUGCAUGGAAUGGGAGUGAGAUCAUAGCAUCAGGUUUCGUUCUCAGGGCUGGCCCAAAACAUUUUGCUUCUUGAGUUGGAGCAACACAUUUGUCCAAAGUCAAGGUGCACAAUAAUCAAGAGUGGCUAUGUUAUUUUGGAACUGGAGGCAAAAAAAUCUCACAUGCACCUCCUCUUUUGGAACAAAAUUACAACAAUAUAUUAAGUAACUUGGAAUUAGCUGCUCUUUCAUACUCCCCAAAUCAGCUGCCCGAGGUAGCCAUCUCACUCUGCCAGAUGGUAGGGCUGGCUCUGCAACACUCAGUGUAACUUUUUUUCAGUUAGGCUGUGGUAGCACAUUCCAUUCCACUGUGAGAGCCAUCCAGAGCUGCAUGCUUGUACACCUGCCCAGUCUGCUAACUGUUGAUGGGCAGCUCUAAGGCUUCUGCUCUGUCUUCUUAUGGUUCUAUAUUUUUAUAACAGAUUUGCACCAGGUGUUCAUUCAGAUAGAAAACUAUCCAGACAGCCUUUUAAAUAAAGGACUGUCCCAUACGAAAUAGGACAUGUGGCUUUCUUUCUGCGCCUGAGGUUCACCAUCGCAGUCUAGUAAAUGCAUGUAUAGUGGUACCUUGGGUUACAUAUGCUUCAGGUUACAGACUCCACUAACCCAGAAAUAGUACCUCAGGUUCAGAACUUUGCUUCAGGAUGAGAAUAGAAAUUGCAGCACAGCGGUGGCAGGAGGCCCCAUUAGCUAAAGUGGUGCUUCAGGUUAAGAACAGUUUCAGGUUAAGAACGGACCUCCGGAAUGAAUUAAGUACUUAACCCGGGUACCACUGUAUGUUGAUACCUGGAUCUUACUCCUCUCCUACAUGAAUACCCUGUUAUUGCACUGGUUGUUUGAAAAGAGUUAUAGUUUACACCUCAUCAAUGACUGCCACUGAUUUUAUUUGCAAAAUGUUCAGUGAUGCAUCCAUGACUAUAAUUUACAGCACAUUUAAAGUAUAAAGAUUAUGGUUUGUCUUUGCCGUUCAUUUUGUUGAUAACUUUGUAUUUCACUCUCUUUAUAUAAAAAUAUACAUUUAUGUCUUACAGGAUAGAGAUUUUGGCAAAAAUCCAUUACUUACAGCACAUGUCAACCCAGCUGCAGAAGUGACUACAAGUCUAAAAGUAUUCCAGCACUUUACCCUAGAAAAAGCUUAUAAAGGAAUAGAAUUUUUCUGGGCUUUUGCUCCUGUGGCUGGAGAUUAUAUUCUGUUCAGCUUUUGGCAGCCAAUAAAAAUAGAAAGGUAGGUAUUAUGAUGCAGGAACAUUUCCUCUAAUUUGUUUCUCAUCCAAAUUGCUCUCCCCAAGCUCUUUAAUCUCUCCCAUGGGUGAAAAAGCUGGACAUUGGGAUGGGGGAGAAAUUCGGCUCAAUUUGCAUUUGCAGUCUAAUCUACCUAUUUUGCAUUUCCUGAAACAAUAUGCAAACCAAGACACACUCAUCCUUUGAAAUUUGCAUUUUUCUGAAUUUUGCAAUUAAUUUAUCGAACCAAAUAAUGAGUAAAAAAAAUACAUAUUGUAGGCAAAGUGUGCUUAAUGAUGCAUAUACUAGUGAAAACCAGAUAGUAAAAGCCAAAUGGGUGGGGUAUAAAUAAUAAUAAAAAAGAAAAGAAUAUACAAAAAAUCAUUGUAUUAGUUGGAGUUGCUUGCAAAAUGUGUAUAUUAUGCAAAAAUUGCAUUGAAACGUGCUUGUUAGGAGAAAUUUGCACUCCAGUUUUGAUACACUUUCAUGAGGAUUAAAACAAAUUUUUAAAAACAAGCUGAUGUGGAAAUGUGGAGAAUUUAACUUAAGUCUGAGAACCUGAAAUUGACUCAUUCAACUAUCCCUAUUUGAGAAAAACAUCUUUGAUGGAGAAAGAAGUAAGCACUGUAGCCCAUCAGUCCUCUGAUUGAAUUUACAGUUCUCUGUACCUUAUUUGUAUUUUUAAAGAAGAAUACAAUGCAUUGGCAGAGUGUUAUCUGCCAUGUAACUUCCACCCUCAGUCUGUUUAUACUCUUUCUUCCAUCUGAAAAAUAUUCCCAGAGAACAUUAAAUGGAAGACCUGGCAUAAAAUAACUAUAAGUUAAAUAUUUAAUGCAUUAUUAAAUUUGCCCCAAUAAUGUGUUUUGCAGGUACCUUUUUAAAAGCGGAAAUGUCGAACAUCCAGGAGAUAUAAUAGUUGAUGCUACUGUAGAAGUUUUACCCAAUGCUGUAAGUAUCUCAGCUCUCACAUAAAUAUAAAGCAUUUCAAAUCUUAUUAUUAAUAUUAGGGAGAAGUCUUGCUCUUUUCUUAAUAUUCCUGGCCAGCAGUCAUAACCUGUCAGGAUGUUACCAUCUCAACCUCAUACGGGACAGUUUUGUCAAAAUUCUACUCAGAGAUAAGCAACUCUUCCAUUUUAUCUCAUCCCGGCACUGCUUCUGAUCUGCCUUCAGCAUGUCGUGGCAGAAUGUGUCUCAUUGCCAUGGCCUUUGGCAGCACUGCAGAAGUCAACUUUGACUGAAAACCAUGGCUGCCAUAGUGCAAAAUAAUAAUUAAAAAAGACAAUCAGUUAUUGGAGCAGAGAGCAGUCUUUGAGGACCAGUCUUACAAGGCGCAGGCACUUACAUUUUAAUAAAUUCUCUUCUAUAUAUUGGUCUAUUGCUCUGAUAGCACCUUGUGUGUUUGAUCAGCUAAAAAAGAGGGGGAGAAACAGAAGUUGGGCCUGCCUUGUAAAAUUUCCUCCUGCAGAUCUUUUGACUAGCAAUCUUUUACAGUGGUACCUCGGGUUAAGUACUUAAUUUGUUCCGGAGGUCCGUUCUUAACCUGAAACUGUUCUUAACCUGAAGCACCACUUUAGCUAAUGCGGCCUCCCGCUGCCGCCGCGCUGCCGGAGCAUGAUUUCUGUUCUCAUCCUGAAGCAAAGUUCUUAACCCGAGGCACUAUUUCUGGGUUAGCGGAGUCUGUAACCUGAUGCGUAUGUACCCCAAAAUCCCAAACCAAAUACCACUGUAUUUGUUGUAACCCAGGGAUGGGCGACCUGUGACCCUGCAGGUGCUGUUGGACUCCAACUUGGGGAAAAGCCAUAGCUCAGUGAUAAAGCACUUGCAAGCAGAAGGUUCCCGGUUCAAUCCCUGAUGGCAUCUCCAGGCAAGGUUGGGAGAUACUCCUGCCUGAAAUCCUGGAGAGGCAAUUACAGUCAGUGUAGACACUAUUGAGCUAGAUGGACCAAUUGCUGCUUCCUACAUUCCUCCUGUCAGCCUCAAGUGGCAUGACCAAUACUCGGGGAUGAUGGGAGUGGAGGCCCAGAAAUGUUUGGAAGACCACAUGUUGCCUAUACUGUUGUAGUCAAGUGAGGUAAUUGGCCCAGGAAGUGUUCAGUGGUUCUGUUGCGUUGUACACAACUGAGAACCCAGCUUAUGCAACAUAUUGCAAAUUGAUAGGCAGUUUACAGAUGGUUGCCAGAAAUGUACUCACCAGAGCUUGGAAGAAAAGCAAAUAUCUGGGUUUAGUACAUUGUGCUUUGAAACAAUAGUGAACAUACUGGUAUAGUAUAAAUGAAUAUGGGAAGGUAAGCUGUCAGCCAAAACUUUUAUGCAACUAAGAAUCCCUUGAUUAAUUAUUGGAAUUCCACCAAUUUCUCUGAUUUGAAAAUUGUCCUUAAACAUGUAAAAACCGAGAGAAGGAAAACACUGAAAAGAGUAUGUGACAGUAUAUAGUGAAUAACUUCGCCCAGGGAAAGUUAAAAUAUGUUAACUGCGUACAUAGUUGUUACAAACUAAUUUAAAACUGGAAUUGAUUAGUUGGGUAUCAUGGGUUAUCACAUGGUUAGCGCUAUUGGCUGGAGAGAUUUGCAAAAGGGUCGGCUUUCCUCUUGGAAAACUAGUUAGGAUUUUCUUUCUUUUUAUUUGUUACAGGAGAUAGACAUACAGUCUGCAGGAGGCAAUUCAGGGAAUUUUAAAAUCGUAAAAACUCAGGAUGGAUAUUUUCAAAUAGGUAAAAAAAAUAUAUUCUAAGAUGAUUUCAGCUUGGUUUUUAUAUUCUUCUAAACUGCAGCACAGCUUAAAGUUUUGCAAUAAUUUAGGGGGUGGGAUCCAAAAGUUGUACUCCUUUCAUGACAAUGUUGCAUGAGAAAGUCGAAAUCAUUUAUUUUAAUACCGAUUAGAAUGUGAUUGUGCUUAUGUAGCCAAAACUACAUUACCCCAUUCAAUAAAGAGGUAUUAGCAGCUGGGGGGUAGGGCUAAGGGUGGACAACAAAAACAGCCCAUCAGAGCAGGAAGACAGGAAGAAGAAAUGGGGGAAAGACAUGGAGAUAAGGAAGGAGAGAAGGGAGGGAGGGAGAGAGGGAGGGACAGGGGAUAUAAAAGGUUGAUGUCUCAAGAAAGCAACACAACACAAGAGAGAAGAAAGGGGUAGCAAGAUUGUGUUUAGUGUUGGAACAUUAGAGGGGCUUGAUGUGUGAAUGCUACUGCCCUGCCACCCAGUGACUGCAUGGCAGAGACAGAAUUUCAGCUCACUUAUUGCAUAGCCAACUCUGGUCUGCAUGGCAAAGUCAUGUCAAGUGUGCAUUACUGUGCAAGCGUGCACAUCGCUUCAGUCUGACUUCUAACCUUAAUGGUCUGUUCUCCUAUCAGUGUCCUUAGCAUGUUUGGCUAUGGUAAAGAACAUUGUCUUAUCAAAGAAAGGGUGUGGCCUCAUCCCAGCCUGUAAAAGGCUAUCACUGGGGGACUGAAAAUUGCAUCUAGUCGUGACUUUGCCUUAGUCGAAAGAAAUUGUGACAGCAUCAAUUAGGGGCAUCUGAUUUUCUCUGAUACCUGCUCCACCCUGUAACCUUCUGUUCUGUGUUUAAUAUUCUGUUCUGGAAGGUCCCUCCACCCUCAAUAGUAGGUUUGCUGAGGAGCAGGGAUGCAAAGAGCCUAUUUGGGUUGAGGGGAUUGUUGAAACUUGGAUAUCCCAAUUGUUGAAAAUUGCAUGCGCCAAAGCACUUUCCACAAAGGCAAAGCCACCAUUGGCUACAACCUACAGCAAGGAAAUAACACCUUUUUACAAACUGCUAUGCAGGAUUAUGAAUUGGAAACAAAAGUCACAGGUUUUCAUUUAACAGUUUUAACAUCACAAAGAUAUGCACCAAGGUUCUACUUUAAUAUGAUAGCAUGCCCACUUCAGUGAUGUCUCAUUAAGAUGUUUAAAAAAAAUGCAAUAUUUAUUUAUUUAACUUUGUACCGUAUUUGAUGUAAUAUAAAAUAAGAUUUUUUAAAAUUAUUUUUUACUAUUCUGGGAAAAUAAGUUUAUUACAGCGUAUACCAAAAACAAUGUUUUCAUUCACAUAUAGGCACAUUCAAAAAUGGAAUAGCAGAUGGCAUCGUCAACCCAAACUUAGGAAAUAUAAAAGCUCUUCGUUUAUCUAUCCAUUCUAGUUCUGCUACGUGGUUGUUGCUGAGUGAGGUAAGCAUGUAGGACAAAAGAACUAGUCAAAAGAUAAUUAACAGAGCACUCCUAACCUCAGAUCUGUUGGUUGGAAGGGGUUAAGAUGGAGCAGAAAUACCCCUCUGCCAGGGGAGAGGAGCUCUGAUGACGAGGCAGCCGUGCCUGCAAACCCUCAGUACAACUACGGAUAAUUCAGCAGUUAUAAUUUACUGUCAGUGGUGUUUCCACAGUUGGUAGGCUCUGAAAUGGGGCAUUCUAGGGACAGUGUCGUGUCAGAAGCAGCUUAGGGAUCAUGAAGAAGAGAAGAAGAAGAGUUUGGAUUUGAUAUCCCGCCUUUCACUCCCUUUAAGGAGUCUCAAAGCGGCUAACAUUCUCCUUUCCCUUCCUCCCCCACAACAAACACUCUGUGAGGUGAGUGGGGCUGAGAGACUUCAGAGAAGUGUGACUAGCCCAAGGUCCCCCAGCAGCUGCAUGCGGAGGAGUGGAGACGCGAACCCGGUUCCCCAGAUUUCGAGACUACCACUCUUAACCACUACACCACAUUGGCUCUCCACCACUGGAUCCAAAGACCCUCAAUUCCCCCCAAGAAACCCAGGAUUGCACCCAUUAACUGUGCAAACAUGGAGGUGGCAUAGGUUUCUUUGAACUGCUCAUAUCGAGCAGGGAUUGAAGAGACAAAAUUAAAGUCCCUGUCGCUGGGUACAUAGAGGGGAGGAGUGGCUGGGACCCUGCAGGUAAGCUGCAUCACCCUACCUGCAAAAGGCUUUGAAAACCCAGCUAUUCAGCAAGCAGCUGCACUGGGCAGCCCAUUGACAGUAACUGAAAGAGUCUGAAGCCAUCACAGCAGCCAUCCAUGGGCAUAGCCACGGAGGGGCAUGGAGAGGCAGCUUACCCCCCUAAAUCAAUAAAAAUACAUAGCAAACUGAGGCUCUAACAAAAGGCCUUCCCCCCAAAUCCUGGCUAUGCCCAUGCAGCCAUCUCUUCCUAACUGAGCAUAGUUCCUACUCCCCCCCCCCGCACCAAUCAAAACCAUUGGGGUGAAUUUAGCAAAUGAAAAAACUGCUAUGAAGAAAAGAAAAGCAAAUCACUUCCAAAGCUUUGACUUUACUGUUAAUUAUUCUGGUGUUUUGUUUUGUUUUUGGCAACAUCUUCAGACAGAAUUGUUAAUACUGAUUAGUCUGUAAAAUUUGACAUUUUUCUACCUACAGAUUAUCUUUCUGAGAGAUUUGGAGGAAACAACUGCAAAUUAUGUAAAGAUAUUAUAAGCAAACAAACCAAGAUAAAUGUUUUCAGUACUCCAUAAAUGUUGACAAAUAAAUUCUCAUUUCUUUUUAUGUAGAUAUUCAUAAAGAUGCAGUGGGAAGAGAAUAAGAAAGAAACACUUCUUUGAAAAUAUGAAAAUAUUGAAUGCUACAUGGAAACAAGGCCAUCUAGUGGCAGCAGCAAAACUGUCAACUAUCAAUUGUAAUCUCCUUCCUAAUACAGUGUAGUAGGAGAGGGGAUAAUGUUACUUUAAAUCUCAUUAAAUCUUAUUUUUUUUGGAAUAAUGAUAAUAUAUUACCAACAGGCCCUUUGUAAAUAAAAAUACUUUCAAUGGCUUAAACAAAUAA